CUGUAUAGUUUUGAGCCCUUCAGCGUCAGACGGCACGGCACGAUUCAUGAGACCCCUGCGGUCUUACUCUUGACUCUGAUAGAAUCUUGCUGCCACCUUCGAGGGAAGCAGGGUUCCAGACGCAGGAAUCUGGAAUCGAAAUGUAAUCGAAUCGAUGGUCUGAUUAAGCCAUAUAGUCAUCGAACCAUUAGCCGUAGGUUCCCCAGCAAGAUCCAGUGUGCGCCGCAUCAGCCGUGACGAAGCAGGCGAGAGGAUUUGUCCGUGGUCAGGUGUUUGUUACAUUUGACGAGGAACUUCGAGACUUGGACGAGCGAAAUAUUUGUCGUGGUUUGUUGUGGAAAUAUGUCUUUCUCCGAAUUGCCGUACGGGCUGUCGACGUCAUGUUCCAGUAUGUGGGUCAUGGUUCUGAGCCGUGGCGAGAACUGGAAAGAGUUCUGCGUGGAAGUCAAAAUUUAGGGUAGCAGAUAUCGAAGAUUGUUGGUAGUAUUGGACAGGACGAGAACAUCCUCGUCAAGAUGGUUCACUCCAUGGAACAAGUCGAGAAUACUGCAUUCAUCAAGGAAUUUCAGCGUAGAGAGUCCAAGGACUCCAUACACUUCUUAAAGAAUCUACCGGCGGAUAAGAAAGCCGAGCUAACCGGCAAGAGCGAGUAUCUCAACACAACUGCCCCUCUGAAGUCAGCUCUGAAGAACACCACAGCGAAAGAUGCUCAAGCUCACAUGUCCGAUACGGAAUUACUGAAUCAUCUUUCCAUGAACUUAUGGAGACGAAUCAAUGCAGGAUAUAUGAUCGAAAGGCGUAAAUGCUUGAGCCUUUCCAGAGAUAGCUACCAGUAUGACUCGAAACUGCUUGAAAAGACCGACAGGGAGUUCAUGCACAAGAGGGACAUGUUCUCUGAGUACGUAGAAGCUGCAGCUCGAUUCAAAUGUCUUAUCAAAGACGGUCAUGUGGCUACCGUCCCCAAGUACGUGCCGCGAGCACUUCGUCCUCAAACGCCAGGUAGAAAGUGGUAUGCACCUGUCAUGAAGCUGCCGCCUGGCUACAAAGAGUCUGGUCAAGCUACAACUCCGGCAACUCCACCGGCAAAAUAACUUGUUCAAAGCUCGGCGUGCCAAGCUAUCGAAAUAUUUUGUUCCUGGAUGUCACUGAAUGACUAAGCUGUUCCAACAACUGCGGCAACAACGAAUAGAAAGCAGCCAAAAUCUCACCUUUUCGGUUUCAAGCCCUCCAACUUGCUGUACGAGGAAAUAGCAAAUGAAGUUAUAAAGAGUUGCUCUCUUCGGAAAUUUCAGCAAAUUCCGCAAAUAACAACUAUAUAUUGAACUUUCUUGGGGUGUUGUUGAGGUCACACCCUCGAAACCCUUCACUGCAAGGAAUGUCGAGCAUUAUCGCGGGGAGGAUAUAAAAAGAAGGUAUCAGGAUUCGCCUCGUCGACAGUGUAGCCUUAAACUUCCUCGAGCCAGCGUGCUUCUGCAGUCUCCUUUAAGAGAGAUACCAUUCACACUUCAAUUCUACGUAGGCAUAUUUACAUUGGCUCGCUUGAGACCAAGUUUGUUCGACCUUAACAUGCAUGUAGUGUACCUGAACGAACGAAAGAAUCUGAACUCCAGUCAAGAGACUUGAAAUCAAAUCCACUCAACUCAUCGUCGGAGAUACCAUGCAGAGUCCGAACAUAUGCCAAACCUUCUCUUGACAGAAUUGCUACGCUUUAUGUCUUCGGGAAAGCAAAUAGACCUUUCCGUAGAUAUACAGAGAGAAAAAUUUGAGCAGACAAUCAGGCUCGGAGUUAAAUGUAUUUCUCUAUCUGGACUGGUCCUACUGAAACCCGUUAUCCGAACAAUGCUCGU